AUGAAGAACGGUAGCAUUGUGAUGAAACUUCUGGUUCUUCUUAUGUUUUCUCUUCAUCGUUCAUCAGCAGGAACCCACUCCUAUCAAUACAUCAUCACUGGAGUCAGAGGAAUCGAUUUCCCAGAAUACACUGAAGUGGGUAUUGUGGAUGGAGAGCAGAUUAACUACUAUGACAGCAACAUCAGGAGAACAAUCCCAAAGGCGGACUGGAUGAAGAAGGUCGAUUAUCCGGAUUACUGGAAUAUAAACACUCUGAACUCACAGGCUAAUCAGGAGCGAUUCGAAGUGGAUCUGCCAAUAAUAAUGCGGUUCUUUAAUCGGACUGAGGGAGUACACACAUGGCAGGAGAUGUACGGCUGCGAGCUCGAUGAUGACGGCACCGUGAGAGGACACAUGCAGUACGGUUAUAACGGAGAAGAUUUCCUCAGCUUUGAUCUGAACACCAUCACCUGGACAGCAGCUAAUGCCAAAGCAGUGAUCAUUAAAAACAAGUGGGAUCCUAACGUUGGCUAUUACAAGCUUAAGGAGCACUACCUGAAGAUAGACUGUGUCGAGUGGAUAAAGAAGUAUUUAUCGUACAGCAGAGAGACUCUGGAGAGGGAAGUUCCUCCUGAGGUGUUUGUCUUCCACAAGCACUUCCCCUCCCCAGAGGUGGUGUGCCACGCUACAAGUUUCUACCCCAGAGGACUUCUGAUGUUUUGGCAGAAGGACGGAGAAGAAGUGCACGAGGACGUGGAGAUCAGAGAGACUCUACCCAACCAGGAUGGAAGCUUCCAGAAGAGAGCCAUUCUGAGAGUCUCAUCUGAGGAGCUGAAGGAACACAGAUACACCUGUGUGGUUCAGCACAUCAGCCUGGAGAAGGAAACUGUGCAAACGGUUCCAGAUCCAGUUGGAGUAUCAGUUGGUACUAGGACGAUUGUUGGUGCAGUCGUGGCUGUUGCUGCUCUUGUGGGUGUAGGUGUUGGAGUUCUGAUCUUGAAGAAGAAGAAAUCUGGCUUUGGAGCAGUUCCUGUCAACCCCAACACCUGACUGAGAUGCAGAUGGAGGUGAGGAAUGUAGAUCACAGAGCAUUCCAAAGAUGAUUUUUAUUGCAAAACUGUUAUAAUAUGUAUUAUUAUGUAAUACAUGUAAUAUUGGAUGAUUAAUUGGGAUUUUCACUCUGUGCUGAAUCUGCUAGUUUUGCAUAUGUUUGUGUUUGAUGAGGCUGUUUGGUUGCAUUCUUCUAGGUUCAUUAAUAUAUAUAAAUCAGACAGCUGCAGAGCUAUAAAUCUUACAAUAAUUUCAGCACCUCCUCACACCCCCUUCCUGACCCUCAAACUCUCAAUGAUCAAGACUUGUUCAGGUUCAAUUCAGAUUGUUUAACCCUCCACACUCUUAAUCAGUCUUUGUUGUUAGUGAAUCUGCACUUUUUAAUAAUUAUUAUGCACCAGGGUUCAUGAUUUGCUGAGUUCAAGUCUGCUGAGGAACCAAAAUCAGCCUGAUGGAGAAAAAGCUGCAGUGUGUAAAACGCAGAUAAUUGAAAUGUUGUGCAUUUUAAUCCAGUGAAUUUUAAUGCUUAAUUCAGUAUGAAAAUGGAUUUGUGUGAAUGUGAGACUUGUUGAUGAGAUUUAAUGAAACUAUACAAGAACAGGAGAGAGAAGAACAAUGUGUGUUAUGAAGGUAAUACUGGAGGAUCAUCAGUCCAAGCUUUCAUUCUCUCCAGAUAACAGAAAGAAACUAAAUGAUGCUUCACUGGUGCAGCAUGUUGGUUAUUAUUUUAUUGAAAUUGAAGCAGAAUUAAUUUAUUGAAGACGUCAUAUCUCUCUUACAAGACUCUCCUACAAAUCUAAAUUA